AGUUUAUUAAAUGUAUUUGUGUGUCUGUAUGUGUGCGACACUGUGUGUCUGUCUCAGCCUGUAUGUAUAAUGCGGGAUCGAAAAUAUUUCAUAUAGCGGUGCAGAUUCCUUUGAUCCAAAUCAUGAUUUAGAGGACACAAGUGAACGAGCGAGAAGCUCUCGGUGUAAAUCAGUAGAAGUGCAGUACUAUACUCACUAGUACUGUGUACUUACUGUAUGUUGUGGCCACGAACCGUGAGGCAACCAGAAUCCUUUUCUGAUUCAUCAUUUGCGUUGCGCUAUAUCUGUGCUAAACAUGGAUUAUAACGAUUUUGGGUAAUGCCGUUACUGGUAAUUUACUUUCGGAAGUUCUCGGAUCGAGUUCUGAAAAUUAGUUAAGAAAUCGCCACCAGAAUUGUGACCAAUGUGAUUCUUUUGGGGAUUGUAAUCGACCUGUACCAGCGGCAGUGGUGCAGUUCUGAGGAUUACAAGAUGACAGAGAACGAAGAAAUGGAAUGGGUGGAAAUCAUCGAGCCACGUUCCAAAAAUUAUAUGUACGCUAACCUUGUUUCCGGUGAAUGUGUGUGGGCACCGCCUUAUGGACAACGCGUGAAAAAAGCCGAUAGCAAUCAGUGGUGGGAACUGUACGAUGAUAAAACGCAUCGAUUUUAUUAUUACAAUGCGACGGAUUCAAAAACCAUCUGGGAACGACCGGAAAACUGUGAUAUAAUUCCAUUGGCUAAAUUACAGACUCUAAAACAGAAUACUGAAGUGAGAGACGACGAUGCCUCACGUGGGAACCGCAGAUUUCCUGACGCUGCUACGGGCACCACAUCCAAUCGUAAUCAGAAUGGAACCACAUCCUCUACGCUGGCCAGCAGUUCGUCGAUGACAGCCAAGAAAGAUGGUCGAUCAGAGCGACUUCAACCGGGAUCCGUUCGUAAAUUGAGCUCACAAACACAAACUACUCCACAGCCUUCCCCCAAAGAGACUAAACGGCAUCACCACAGUCACAAGUGCAGCAUGCAUCAGAAUGCACUUCGCAGUAGCAAUUCUCAGGGGAGCUCUGUGCAAGCCGCUCGACGGGCGCCGGCUGUUCAGCGUCAGUUGUCCGCUGGAUUUCCUCAACGUGGCCAUGGAAUGCGAGAUCAAAGCUUGCUGGAAGUAAGCAGCCAGGAUGUUUGGAAUAAUGGGAGACUGUCAUCCGAAAUGGUCCCACUUAGUCCACAGCGGCUGUCAGCUACCGGUACUCAUGAAUCGGUGCCACCGCGAACUCCAUCACCACGAUCUCCCGCUGCGAACACUCUUGAAUUCCCCACAGGAUCUCUUUCACGAACUGGUUUAUACGAGAACCAGAGCUUGAAUGAAAAUGAUUCCCCCUCGGACAUCAUUCAGCCACUGCCCUCCGCCAGUUUCUCCCGAAGCAGCCAGGGAGUGGUCCUGCCGCGUCGUCAACGUUCCUUUGAUCACAAAAACUUUUAUCUGGAUCACACCGAUGGCUCUCUACCUUACCGGAUUCGUACGGACCACAGUUCACAGACAGCACCGAUUGUUCCAUCGGGAAUUCGUUCGGUUGAAUCCACUCCGCGUGUGCAGCGCCGUAACACGGAUGCACCAUUACCGCAGAUUGCGGAAAUCGGCUAUCAGUUGCGCCCGCGCAAUGACGCUUUUGCCAUUUCUGGUGGCACGCCAAUGCAGUCGCGGAAAAAGAAUUUGACCAAGUCUAAUGGGAUUCCUUCGCCUGGACCGAGCACUGAGGUGACAACGCCGUCUGGUGCGUCACAACAUGCCAGCGGAAGCUCCAGUCAUUCCCACUCAUCUCUGGAAAGUAAGCGAAGUUUGUUAAGUGCAAGCUCCGCUGCAGUGGCGAGAAAUACGGAACCCGUAUUUGCACAUCCCGUGCCAUCUAACCAGCGCCCUAAUCAUGGAUUUUUGACACCUCUCCCGAGUCGGGUACCCAUGCCGGAAAAUAUUAUUGCCAGCAUCCCCGGGGUAUCGACAUUCACGGGUGCAAAUUCAGCCACGAAACUGAAGCGAACCAUUUCGGUGGAUCGACAUGACAUGAAGAGUCCAUCAUCGGAUGGUUCUUCUAGCAAAACAUCUGGACCAUUCUCGCCGCAGUUGCAGCGACGGGUUACAGUGGGAAGAUUCAUGCCUAAGUUAAGUCCGGCAGAGUUGGAAGAAGAUCGCAAAGCAGAAGAAUUGUUGAGGGCGGCGGAAUACGAAACCAACGCGCAUACUUUUGGGAAUCGUAGAAUUAACGGACAUCCUCGUAUCACACUGGAAUCGCCCGUAGAGAUAAGAAGAAAUGCCAGCAAUCAGCAGCAGCACUCUGAUUUGGAUACCGACAGCGAAGAUAACGACGCGGAUGUUGAGGAUUCUGAUGAUUUCGAUGAGGAGGACGAAGACGAUGAUGAUUUGGAUGAAAUGAUGGCUGAUCCAUCAGGAAAAAAUCGAUACGGUCAUUUAUCACCGUCACAACUGCGGACACAUCCAAAUUACUGUGCAGUCGACCGCACACUCAAAUCGAUGCCGGUGGAAGCCGCCGCCGCACCGGAAGACGACGACAGUAGCGAUGCAGAUUACAGCGCCGCAGCGGUUAGCGCACUGCGGGAUAAAGUGCAGGCACAGUGCUUGGCUCCUGUAGAUACGCGGCAUGCCUCACUACGCCGAAAGCCCACUGCUACCAUAACUGGAACGAAACUGCCGGGUUUAGAGAAAAGUCAAUCCGUGCAAACAGAAUUAUCAGCACAACAACAACCGAGGCCGGUGUCCGUUGUGUUGCCCACACAGUCAGAGACAUCGCUCAUCUCCAGCACCAAAAGUGCUUCUCCCGUGUGCCGCCCAUUUUAUCCUGGAUUGAACGGGAGUGCUACCUUGACGCGGGAUAGAACAUUUGUCAAUGAAGAUGUAGAUCACAGAGCGGCACAAGUUAAAUUAAACGAUCACACGAAAGGGAUAUUUAGGAAGAAAGUCUCCAUUCAAAGUCUUUUGUCGUGGUCAAAGGAUUCCAUUAAGAAACCGCUAAUUAUGACAGCGGACAAGUCAGUGAAGAAAGAAGCUUGUGCCAUGUACCGUCUGAUACAAAUGUAUAUGGGCGAUCGAAAGGCGAAAGAUAGUAAAACACAUGACGGCAUGGCGCUUGAAUUAACACGAAUGGCUUGGCAAAAACCCACGCUGCGCGAUGAACUCUUCAUACAGAUUUGCAAACAGACCACAGAAAACCACAAAUCUGAGAGCCUGCGGCGCGGAUGGGAACUUAUGGCCAUUUGUUUAGCCUUCUUUCCUCCGUCGACCAGCUUUUUUGCUUAUUUACGUACUUAUAUCUCGCGCUUCCAAAGCCCGGCUUGUAAUACAUUUGAGGUUCAAGUUAGCCAUUAUGCUAGUCAUUGUUUGAAACGGUUAGAGCGAAUGUCGCAAACCGGUGCCAAAAGAGGAAUUCGCAAGCCGACCGAGGAAGAAAUACAACAGGCCCGCAUUCAAAUAUUCCAUCCGUCAAUGUUUGGAAAUUCUUUAGACGAUGUCAUGCUGUUGCAAAAAGAGCGUUAUCCAGACCGAAGCUUGCCUUGGAUUCAAACGAUCUUAUCGGAAGAGAUUUUACGCCUUAACGGAUUAAGAACCGAAGGGAUAUUUCGAGUUCCGGGAGACAUUGAUGAAGUGAAUAUGCUAAAAGUCAAAAUGGACAGAUGGAAUAAACCUGACUGUUGCGAUCCACAUGUUCCUAGCUCUUUACUGAAGCUGUGGUAUCGUGAAUUGUAUGAACCACUGAUUCCUGCGCGAUUUUACGAUCUCUGCAUCCAAAACUGCAACAGUGCCAAAAAUGCCGUUCACAUAAUCGGUGAACUUCCGGAAAUAAACCAGCGUGUUCUGACAUAUUUAAUUCGCUUCCUGCAAAUAUUUGCUCAGUCGGAAAACGUCCAAACCACAAAAAUGGAUGCACAAAACCUUGCAAUGGUUAUGGCACCAAACUGCCUCCGAUGUACGUCAGAUGAUCCGCAAGUGAUUUUCGAAAACACUCGCAAAGAAAUGACGUUCAUCAGGACACUGAUGCAGCAUUUGGAUACUUCAUGGAUAGAAGGUGUGCAAUAAUAUUUUGAUUCGUGAUCAGUUAUUUGGGACCUCUGUUUCCUGUAUGUCGUGCGGUAUUCGUGGCGCGGAUGGUCCUUUCUGAUGGUUAGACAUAGUUUUGCUGGUUGGGAUACAACGGUUCAUUAUGCUCAUUUUUAUUGAUAUGCAUAGAAAUUCUAGUCGACUUCUUAUAAAACAUGUGUGAACGAGUUGUAUUGGUUUGUAUAUUAUUUGAAGUCAAGAAGCUGCUUGUUCAAGCGCCUUAUUUCAUAGUUUUCAUCCUCUUGUAAUGUUUUUUUUGUUUGUUAAGUUGUUAUUUUGAUUCUUUGAACGAAUAAAAAUUCCGCUCAGUGA